AUGCAGAUAGAGCCUUGGGGAAAGCAGUUCUUCGUGUUCAACACCGUUCAAGACGGACAGCCCGAAACUUUGCUAUGCGUCGCCAACCAUGAGCGGAAGCCCCUGAUGUACCUGCGCCGCGAGGACUUCGAAGCAUUGUGCAGCGCAUUCGACAGCAUCAAGGAGGCACUUGCGAAGUACGAAAACGAGGAACAGGAGCCGGAUAUGCGCUACGAGAUACGGCGCCUGGAGGUGCUAGAGGACAACUACGCAAUGCAGCGCAUGAAGACGGGCAGGCACAGCUCUCACACGAUCAUGCGUGCGCGCCCCAGAAACAAAAAGUAA